UCUUUAAUUAUAUUUAAUAGUUUACAAAUUUGUUUCAGUGCGCCAAGUAAAAAUCAAGAAAGAUCUUUAGCUGAUAAUUAUACAGUGCUAACGGAUGAUGUCAAGUGGUUCUUUCGAGGUGUCAGUAAUAUUGCCGGUACCGUGGAACAAAUGCUGCCAAAUGUUACUGCAAACGAUGUAAAAACAAGAACAUUUUCUGAAAACACUAGAGUGACAUUCUUAAUGGGUCUGCGCCAUUUACUGGUGGGUGUUCGAGAAAUAUCCAUGACAUUUGAGCAGAGUUUUAAGACAGAUCAUAUCAAGCAGCUGCAACAAUUAAAAAACGCUACCAAUUUUGUUAACGAUAUAGUCAGUGCUAUGAAAAUGUGGUUUAGUCAAAUAAGGGCUUUGGUAGUGCAUUUGGUACAUCUUUAUAAUCGCUACAUACCAGAAGUACUCUUUGGGAAAUGUAUAGGAAAUUAUUUAAUUACAGCAUAUCCUGAUCGUUCCUACUAUGAGUAUCCCUUCAUAAUUUUAUCGGAAAUGUAUACCAGCGUUAUGGCAACAACCCCAACCAAUAACACAGAAUCAGCCACUGAAUUACCCACAUUCGAUGGUGAUUUAAAUAUGGAACAAAAUGAAAUAUCUCAUUCCGAUGUAGAUGAUUAUAAAACUUCUUAUGGUUCAAAAACCGCUCGACAAUUAGCCACUCCCUCCACAGAGGCCCCUUCGUAUUCGGAAAGCUUUUUCGAUUUUAGUUCAGUAUUGAAUGAAAACAAGGAUAAGAUAAUUGAAAAUGCUGUCAACCAACAGUCGUGGCAGAUUUGCUUGAAAAUGUAUACGGCUGAAAGUAUUUCACGCUCCCUGAAAAGUUACUUUUUAGGUUUAUAA